ACUGAGGGAAGGAAGUUGGCCUUGGAGCGGCCUCUUUUCUAGGCCGAGCCGGCGUCCGCGGCUGUUUCAACAACCUUUGUGCGGCGCGAUGGGAGACGAGAUGGAUGCGAUGAUCCCUGAGCGGGAAAUGAAGGAUUUUCAGUUUAGAGCACUGAAAAAGGUGAGAAUCUUUGAGUCCCCUGAGAAGUUGCCCAAGGAACGCUCAAGUUUGCUUGCUGUGUCCAACAAGUAUGGUCUGGUCUUUGCUGGUGGAGCCAGUGGAUUGCAUAUUUUUCCUACUAAAAGUCUUCUAAUUCAAAAUAAACCUGGGGACGAUCCCAAUAAAAUUGUUGAUAAAGUCCAAAGCUUGCUAGUGCCUAUGAAAUUCCCUAUACAUCACCUGGCACUGAGCUGUGAUAACCUCACACUCUCCGUGUGCAUGAUGUCCAGUGAAUAUGGCUCCAUUAUUGCUUUUUUUGAUGUUCGCACCUUCUCAAACGAGGCUAAACAGCAGAAACGCCCAUUUGCCUAUCAUAAGCUUUUAAAAGAUGCAGGAGGCAUGGUGAUUGAUAUGAAGUGGAACCCCACUGUUGCCUCCAUGGUGGCAGUUUGUCUGGCCGAUGGCAGUAUAGCUGUCCUACAAGUUACAGAAACGGUGAAAGUGUGUGCAACUCUUCCUUCCACGGUAGCAGUAACAUCUGUGUGCUGGAGCCCCAAAGGAAAGCAGCUGGCAGUGGGAAAACAGAAUGGAACUGUGGUCCAGUAUCUUCCCACUUUGCAGGAAAAAAAAGUCAUUCCUUGUCCUCCAUUUUAUGAGUCAGAUCAUCCAGUCAGAGUUCUGGAUGUGCUAUGGAUCGGUACAUAUGUCUUCACGAUAGUAUAUGCAGCUGCAGAUGGUACCUUGGAAACUUCUCCAGAUGUGGUGAUGGCUCUACUACCUAAAAAGGAAGACAAGCACCCAGAGAUAUUUGUGAACUUCAUGGAGCCCUGCUACGGCAGCUGCACAGAGAGACAGCAUCAUUACUUCCUCAGUUACGUUGAGGAAUGGGAUUUAGUGCUGGCAGCAUCUGCGGCUUCCACAGAAGUUAGUAUCCUUGCUCGACAAAGUGAUCAGAUUAACUGGGAAUCUUGGCUCCUGGAGGAUUCUAGUCGAGCCGAACUGCCUGUGACAGACAAGAAUGAUGACUCCUUGCCCAUGGGAGUUGCCAUAGAUUAUACUAACCAAAUGGAAAUCACCAUCAAUGACGAAAAGACUCUUCCUCCUGCUCCAGUUCUUAUGUUGCUUUCAACAGAUGGUGUGCUUUGUCCAUUUUAUAUGAUUAAUCAAAAUCCUGGCAUUAGAUCCCUCAUCAAGUCACCAGAACAGCUCUCAUUAGAAGGGGAACGACAACCCAAGUCGUCAGGAAGUACUCCCACAACCCCAACCUCCUCUCAAGCCCCACAAAAGAUUGAUGCUUCAGCAGCUGCAGCUCCUACUUCUGUUCCACCUGCAUUACCCACUGCUUCCACCUCCACCUUCUCUUUGCCGUCUGCUGUUGGAGCUUCUGCCGUGUUCUCCUUUGGUUCUUCAUCCUUGAAGUCAUCUGCUUCUGUCACUGGGGAACCCCCUCCACAUUCCGUUGCAUCAGACAAUUCUAAACCAACCCUGGGCUCUGGUGCACCGACCUUCUCUUUUGCUCCUCCUUCUAAAACCCCUCUAGCCCCCACCCCUGUGGCAUCUCCUAUGGCACCAUCAGCUGUUUCAUUCUCCUUCGGGUCAUCAAGUUUUAAACCUACCCUGGAAAGCACGCCAGUGCCAAGUAUAUCUAUGCCAAACAUAGGAAUGAAGUCCUCCUUCCCACCUUCAGCCUCUGCAGUCAAAGCCAACCUUAGUGAAAAGUUUACUGCUGUGGCUACCUCUGCUCCUGUUAAUAGCUCACAGAGCACACCCUCGAUGCUGCCAUUCUCUCCUGCCUCAAAGACAGGUUCCUCUGGGUCCCUCAGCCACCCCACGCCUCUCUCAGCACCAUCCAGUUCCGUGACAUUAAAGCCCACAGUCUCUCCCUCGGCAGCAGGACGAUCUGCUCAGGGCAGUCCGACUCCAGCAUUCUCAAUGGUACAGAAGUCACCCAGGAUUACCCCUCCAGUGGCCAAGUCAGGUUCUCCCCAGGCGAAAGCACUUCAGCCUCCGGUUUCAGAAAAGCAGGGACAUCAGUGGAAAGAGUCAGAUCCUGUGAUGGCUGGAAUCGGGGAGGAGAUUGCACACUUUCAAAAGGAGUUGGAAGAGCUGAAAGCCCGGACUUCCAAAGCCUGUUUUCAAGUGGGCACUUCUGAGGAGAUGAAGAUGCUGCGAACAGAAUCAGAUGACUUGCACACCUUUCUUUUGGAGAUUAAAGAGACGACAGAGUCUCUUCAUGGUGAUAUAAGUACCCUGAAAACAACUUUACUUGAGGGCUUUGCUGGUGUUGAAGAAGCCAGAGAACAAAAUGAAAGAAGUUGUGACUCUGGAUAUCUACAUUUACUUUAUAAGAGACCACUGGAUCCCAAGAGUGAAGCUCAGCUCCAGGAAAUUCGACGUCUUCAUCAAUAUGUGAAAUUUGCUGUCCAAGAUGUGAAUGAUGUUCUUGACUUGGAGUGGGAUCGGCAUUUGGAACAAAAGAAAAAGCAAAAACGCCUGCUUGUGCCAGAGCGAGAGACACUGUUUAACACCCUUGCUAACAACCGGGAAAUCAUUAACCAACAGAGGAAGAGGUUGAAUCACCUAGUGGACAGUCUCCAGCAGCUCCGUCUUUAUAACCAGACCUCCCAGUGGAAUCUUCCCUCAGCUGUUCCUUCCCAGAGCAGCACUCACAGUUUCGACAGUGACCUUGAAAGCCUGCGCAAUGCUUUAUUGAAAACCACCAUAGAAUCUCACACCAAACCCUUGCCCAGAAUACCAGCUAAACUGUCCCCCGUGAAACAGGCACAAUUGAGAAACUUCUUGGCCAAGAGGAAGACCCCACCAGUAAGAUCCACCGCUCCAGCCAGCCUCUCUCGGUCAGCCUUCCUGUCUCAGAGAUAUUAUGAAGACUUGGAUGAAGUCAGCUCAACGUCAUCCAUUUCCCAGUCUUUAGAAAGUGAAGAUGUGCGGGUGCCAUGUAAAGAUGAGGAUGCGGUGGUCCAAGUCCCCAGGCAUACCCCCGUGGUUCGCACACCCUCCAUCCAGCCCAGUCUCUUGCCCCAGGCAACUCCUUUUGCUAAAUCUCAUCUGAUUCAUGGUUCUUCACCUGGUGUGAUAGGAACUUCAAUAUCUACAUCUGCCAACAAAAUCAUUCCUCAAGGGGCUGAUAGCACAAUGCUUGCAACAAAAACCGUGAAACAUGGUGCACCUAGUUCUUCCCACCUCAUCUCAGCUCCCCAGGCAGCAGCUGCUGCAGCCCUGAGACGGCAGAUGGCCAGUCAGGCACCAGCUGUAAAUACCUUGACUGAAUCAACUUUGAAGAAUGUCCCUCAAGUGGUAAAUGUGCAGGAAUUGAAGAAUAAUCCUACAGCCUCCUCUGCAGCAAUGGGUUCCUCAGUACCAUACUCUACAGCCAAAGCGCCUCACCCAGUGUUGACCCCAGUGGCUUCUAACCAAGCCAAGCAGGGUUCUCUAAUAGAUUCCUUAAAGCCAUCUUCCCCCAUACCAGCAUCCAGUCCAUUGUCAUCUGGUGACAAAGCUUCAGGGCCAGGGACAGCCAAGAUAGAAACAGCUGUGACGUCUACCCCAUCUGCUGCUGGACAGUUCAGCAAGACCUUCUCAUUUUCUUCAUCAGGGAAUGGCUUUAAUUUUGGGAUACUCGCAUCAACACCAGCUUCUAAUUUUACUGCUGCCCAAGGGGCAACACCCCCCAAUAAAGAGUCAAACCAGCUCGAUGCAUUCUCAUUUGGUGGGGUAGGCAAACCUUUUUAUGAGACCACUCCUGAAAGCACACCUCCUUCAGGAAUCACAUCAUCAUCAAACACCGCUGGAGCUGCUGUUGCUUCUUCAGGAGAGUUUGUUCCGUCUAACAGCAGACUUGUGGCACCUUCUGGAAUUGCUCUUUCCACAGCCUCUAGCAAGCUAGAAACUCCUUCAUCAAAGUUGGGAGAGCUUCUGUUCCCAAAUUCUCUGGCUGGAGAGACUCUAGGAAGUUUUUCAGGACUGCGAGUUGGUCAAGCAGAUGACUCUACAAAGUCAGCCAGUAAGGCUUCGUCCACAAGCCUAACUAGUGCACAGUCAACCAAGACUUCAACCGUAUCUUCAGGGUUUAGUUUUACUGGCCCUCCAGUGCUAGGGAAGCACGUGGAGCCCCCUGUGACUUCCUCUCUGACCUCUACCACAGUAGCACCACCAGCAGCAGCCAGCACAAGCACCAGCAGUUCCUCAACUGGUGUUUUUGGCAGCCUGCCGCUCACCAGUGCAGGUUCCUCUGGGGUAAUCAAUUUUGGUGGGACUUCUCUAAGUGGUGGCAAGGCUAGUUUUUCAUUUGGAAGCCAACAGACCAGUAGUGCAGUGACCACAUCUGUCCCAUCAUCAGCUACAACUGCCACUGCCCUGCCUACAUCAUUCCCCACAUUGUCACUUGGUAACCUCCUGAGUUCAGCGUCCACUACCACCCAGCCUGUGUCCUCUGGUAAAAACACAGAGGAAGUCACGUCAUCAGCUCUGCCUGAGAAGCCAGGCAGCAGUGAGGUUGUAGCAUCAACACCCUCACUUCUAGGGCAGCAACAGUCAGCCCAGCUUUCCCAGUCUCCUCUGCAAACUUCUGACUCUGUUAAAAAAGAGCCUGCUCUUGCCCAGCCCGCUACCAGCAACACCACCACUGCAGCAUCUAGUACGAGUCUCGUAGCACCUUCUGCAGAGGCCACUCCAGCAGCCACCAGGGUCCCUGAUGUUAAGACAGAGGCAGUUUCUUCAGCUUCCACGUUUUCAGUGCCCGGGCAGACUGCUGUCACAACAACUACAAUCACAAGUGCAGUCCUUGUGGCUGCAGAAACAUCAGGCACCCCCACAACCUCCAGCACUGUUUCCAGUAUUGCUUCAAGCCCAGCUACAGAGACAGCAGUGUUUGGAACUGCCACUUCUGGCUCAUCUGUCUUUACUCAGCCACCUGCUUCCAGUUCUAGCUCAGCUUUCAGCCAACUCACCAGUAACACAGCCACUGCCCCCUCCGCUACCCCCAUGUUCGGGCAGGUGGCAGCCAGCACUGCACCAAGCCUGUUUGGGCAGCAGACAGGCAACAUAGUGAGCACAGCAGCCUCCACACCACCAGUCAGCAGCUCAGGGUUUGGCAGUCCAGCUUUUGGCAACUCAGCAACGGGGGUCUUUGGACAAGCGACCUUUGGGCAAGCCCCUGCCUUUGGGCAGCCUACGAGCAGCCCCGCAAGCGGCUUCUCCUUCAGUCAGUCUGGGUUCAGUUCGGUCCCUGCUUUUGGUCAAUCCAUUUCCUCCACCCCCACAUCUACCGGUGGGAAUGUCUUUGGCCCCUCCUCAAGCACCAGUAGUUCUAGCUCCUUCUCAUUUGGACAGUCUUCUGCCAACACAGGAGGAGGACUGUUUGGCCAAGGCAAUCCUCCUGCUUUUGGUCAGAGCCCAGGCUUUGGGCAGGGAGGGUCUGUGUUUGGUAGUACUUCAGCCACCACCACAACAGCGUCAUCCACUGGGUUUAACUUUUGUCAAGCUUCAGGUUUUGGGUCUAGCAAUACUGGUUCUGUGUUUGGACAGGCAGCCAGUACUGGUGGAACAGUCUUUGGCCAGCAGUCGUCCUCUUCCAGUGGUAGCGUGUUUGGGUCUGGAAACACUGGAAGAGGGGGAGGAUUCUUCAGUGGCCUUGGAGGGAAACCCAGCCAGGAUGCAGCCAACAAAAACCCAUUCAGCUCAGCCAGCGGGGGCUUUGGAUCUACAGCCACCCCAAAUACCUCUAACUUAUUCGGAAACAGUGGGGCCAAGACAUUUGGUGGAUUCGCCAGCUCAUCAUUUGGAGAGCAGAAACCGGCUGGCACUUUUAGCUCGGGAGGAGGAAGUGUGGCAUCCCAAGGCUUUGGGUUUUCUACUCCAAAUAAAACAGGUGGCUUCGGUGCUGCUCCAGUGUUUGGCAGCCCUCCUACUUUUGGGGGAUCCCCUGGGUUUGGAGGGGUGCCAGCAUUCGGUUCAGCCCCAGCCUUUACAAGCCCUCUGGGCUCGACGGGAGGCAAAGUGUUCGGAGAGGGUACCGCGGCUGCCAGCGCAGGAGGAUUCGGGUUUGGGAGCAGCAGCAACACCACAUCUUUUGGCACCCUUGCGAGUCAAAAUGCUCCUACUUUUGGAUCACUGUCUCAACAGACUUCUGGUUUUGGGACACAGAGCGGUGGAUUCUCUGGUUUUGGAUCCGGUGGAGGAGCAUUCAGCUUUGGAACAUCUAACUCGUCUGUCCAAGGGUUUAGUGGAUGGAGAAGUUGAGUGGGUGUCGUUGUCCCUCUCAGUUCCUGUCACUGACUGGCUGCAUUCUCAGAUCCUCUCCACAGAGAAAUCCUGAAGCCGGCUUCUAAAAUGUACCUUCUCCAUUGAAAUACACGCAUGCCCAGAAAGAAACAACAGUAACCAAAAAAUCUAAGAUGCUUGAUUGCUUGUCUGUUUUGUUUUAUAUUUUUGUUUUGAGAUUGUUUUUGUUUUUGUUUUUCUGUUAUUAAACUGUUCUGGUCUGUUUUGGUACAGAAUGUAUUGGGUUUUUUCAGGUUACAGCCAAGGAGAGGUUUUCCCAUUUCUGUGGCUCUGAGAAACCUACACAGCCUUCUGUCAGCCAGCAACGUGUGUCUUCAAGGAUGGCAUCAAAAGUAACCAGCAUAGCAUCUUGACAAACGAAAGGAUUAGGCAGGGGCUUCUCACAGGGAAUCUCCCUGACCACGCUUGGACCUAGGGCCCAUGUAGAAGGGAAGUUGAAUGCUGGUGGGCCACCUUCCUGAGGCCACAGCUUGGUGUCUUCUCAGCAUGUCCUUUUUGCUGUUGUGUAUCAGGACCCUCAACGUACCGACUCUUUGAUUGUGCAGACACAUCGGAACCCAUGUAAGAGCAGGCAUCAGUUGAGUUUCAGAGUGGUAAUAGCACCAUUAAGUAUAGUUAGCUGUGAGGCAAGCAUGGAAAAUAGACCAGUAUGAGGAUUUCCAUCUCCUUUCCUUGGAGAGUCCACAGCUGAGUUGUGACAAACAAGUAUGCUGCCUUUGAACACCCUCAUUGACCUUCAUUUGGCUCUUGGGCACUGUGUGUCCCAUAGCUAAUUUCUUCUACCCCCCUGGAAAGGAGGUGGGCAGUUGAUUGAGAAGGCAGCCUUUAUCUCCAGGAUGUGACAGUGACAUUGGGAACCACGCCUAGCACUCUCUUAACCACAGAGCAGAUAACCCUUGGGGAGACACAGGAGUUGUGAAGGCACUGCUAUCUCCAGAUACCACUAGCCAGACAGUGCUGGAUUUGACAACAGUGCUUGUUAGCAUGGCCAGUAAGAGCAUAAUUUCAGUUUUGUUAAAGUGCUUAUUUUCCUAUAAUGCAGAAUCUUUCAGGCCUGGGCAUAUUUUAUUUCUUAGACCUAUAAUAUCCUAGAGAGUUGCUGACAAACAGGGCUGCCCUGCCUCAAAAGCAGGGCUAAGAAUUUCUCAUCUUUCAGGCCCAGAAUAUGGCAGUGCUUUGGGUGGGAUCAUUAGCAGGGGAGGGUUGGAAAGGGGUCAGUUUAGAGUUUUGCAUAUUGGAAAGUUGUAUUUUAAAAUGUUUUAAUAAAAGUUUUAUAUGUGA